AUGCUAGUAAAGAGUGCUAGGACAAAUCAACAUGUCACUUAUUUGGAAGAAAUAUUUGAUGUACUAAGAAGGUACCACAUGAAACUGAACCCCUUAAAAUGUGCCUUCGAGGUUGGGUUCGGAAAGUUCCUUAGUUUUAUGGUCAGUAACCGGGAAAUAGAGGCCAACCCAGAAAAGAUAAAAGCCCUGCAGGAUAUGAAGUCUCCUACAAGACCAAAGGAGGUGCAAAGGUUAACAGGAUGCGUCGCCGCCCUUAACAGGUUUAUAUCAAAGGCGACAGAUAAAUGUGUUCCCUUCUUCGACACCUUGAAAGGAAGCCAUCACUUUGAAUGGACUCCACGAUCUAGCUCACGCCUUGAUGGUAGCUUCAAGGAAGCUUUAGCAUUACUUCCAGGCCCAUAUAAUACAGCUAUCAAGGGACAUGUGUUGGCCGAUUUCCUUGUAGAAUUUUCUCACAGGCCAACGCCAGCCACCAACGAAGAAGUUAAGGUAGUUGAGUGGAAACUCUACGUGGAUGGGGCAUCGAGUGAAGCCGAGUCAAGCGCUGACGUCAUGCUUAUUAGUCUAGAGGGCCACAAGAUCACCUCGGCGGUACGAUUCAAAUUCAAAGCAUCGAACAAUGAGGCUGAGUAUGAAGCAUUGAUCGCAGGGUUGCGAUUGGCAAGUCACUUGAAGAUUCAAAGGAUCAGCAUCUUCAGUGACUCUCAACUAGUCGUCGGGCAAGUAAAAGAAGAGUACCAGGCGCGCAACGAAAGAAUGAGGGCAGGUACCAAGAGGAAUACGAACGGUGACGCUUUGGCUAAAUUGGCAUCCUUGAAGGAUUCUGAUAUACUAAGAGUCGUCCCCAUCGAGGAGGUUGAGCGGUCGACUAUUGAUGAGAAGGUCAAGGCCUUGACCAUUCAAACAGUCGAGGACUGGAUGACACCCCUCAUCCAAUACUUGGCAGACACAAAGCUACUCGACAAUAAGAAGGAGGCCAGGUUUGGAGUCCCACAUUUGAUCGUGUCUGACAACGGAAAGCAGUUCGACAACGCCUCAACGCCCAAGUUCUGCAAUGAUUUGGGCAUUCGGAAGGACUUUUCAGCACCAAUUCAUCCACAGUCCAACGGCCAAGUUGAGGCCGUUAACAAAAUUUUAAAGUACACCCUAAAGAAGAGGCUAGAUGAUUUAAAGGGAAAAUGA